GUGUAUGACGGGCUCAGGUACAGGCUGUCUCUGGAGUUUCCAGCUGGUUAUCCAUAUCAGGCUCCUCACGUGAAAUUUGUCACUCCGUGUUUUCAUCCCAACGUGGACGAACAAGGUUUCAUCUGUCUCGACAUCCUGAAGGACAAAUGGUCGGCGCUGUACGACGUCCGCUCCAUCCUGCUGUCCAUCCAGAGCCUGCUGGGAGAACCGAACAACGAGAGUCCUCUGAACACGGCUGCUGCUAAACUCUGGGACGAUCAGCAAGCCUUUAAAGCUCAUCUACACUCGACCUUCCAGAAGUAAAGCAUCUCUGCGUUUUCUUCUUCUCAUUGUUUGUCUUCUGUGUUUGUAUAAUAUUUUUAUGUUUGUUCACCUCACUGUAUCAAUAAAGUUCUUAAUUCAACACACAGAA